GCGGGUGCUGCGCCUGUGCCACAGCGAGCCCGUGCCGCUGCCCCGGGGCGCUGAGCGGGGUGGCCUCGCACAUCUCGUUUCCUCCUCCAGCCCGCUCGGCACAGCUCGCACCGGGAAGGGGAGGUCUGGCUCUCGGCGUCCUGAUGAAGCCCAGCGAGGGGAGCACGCUGCCGCCUCAGAAAGUUGGAGGAGAAGGAGAGAAGGAGAAGGUCUGCACAGCGAUGUAGCCCAGAACGUGGAACGGCAGCCCGUGGAAGGCAGUUCAGCUCCUCACCGCCCUGAUCCCGGAGCAUGGGCUAAACACUAUGAUCCUCUCCCGUGUGGAAAAUCAUUGUUUUCUGCUGUUUGUGUUUGUCUUCCAAGCAAUAUUUAUCCUGAUCCUCUACCGAGGUGGACCUUCGAAUGUGUUUCGCGGGUUUUUAGAGUCGCCUCAGGGGGCGGAUUACUCGAAGCCCCAUGAUGUGUACACAAAUCUCAGCUUGUUUACGCGGGCUCCCAGUGAGGACACGAUGCCGUACUGCUCAGCGCAGUCCCCAGUCCUGGUUGGUCCAUUAACCAUCACCUUCAGGGUGCUUCCUAGUGAAAGGGUGAUCAUGAAGAGAAAUCCUUUUGUUCAGCCUGGUGGCCACUACAGGCCACCUCACUGCUUUCCACGCUACAAAUCCGCCAUCCUUGUGGCCUACAGGAACCAGGAGAAGUACCUGCGCCAUCUUCUCUACUAUAUCCAUCCUUUCCUGCAGCGCCAGCAGCUCAGCUACACUAUCUACCUGAUUCAGCAGGUAGGGACUGGUUCAUUUAACCGAGCAAAGCUGCUUAAUGUUGGUGUCCGGGAAGCCAUGAAGGAUGAAGAGUGGGACUGCCUUGUCCUGCAUGAUGUUGACCUGGUCCCUGAGAAUGAUUAUAACCUCUACAUUUGUGAUGAAUACUAUCCCAAGCACAUGGCCAGUGCCAUGGAUAAAUUUCAGUACACUCUGCCAUACAAGUCCUUUUUUGGGGGUGUGUCUGCUCUGACUCCAGAACAUUACAUGAAGAUGAAUGGGUUUCCCAACACAUACUGGGGCGACAGUGGUGAAAAUGAUGACAUUGCUACAAGGAUUCACUUAGCAGGAAUGAAGAUAGUCCGGACUUCACCCCACCUUGGACGCUACCGAGUGAUGGACUACAAUGAAGAGACAGAGAGACAAGAGCCUUGGAGGAGGCCUCCUUCCCGACACAACACCAGAAAGACAUGGAAAGCUGAUGGAAUGAAUACAUUACAGUUCAGGCUCCUUUCAAGGACUAAGCAUCCUCUUUAUACUAAGAUCACUGUGGAUAUUGGAUAUGUUCCCCCAUUUUCUUGAUACUGAAAACAAAGCAGAGGUUGGGUGCCACAUGGGCAUUCAGCCAAUACCUCCCAUUUUCCUGUGGUGUCUGCCCCACCUGAGAUUAACCCUUUUGCCUUUCACUUUUCUUCAAACUGUUCCAGAUUUAGAAGAGGCUCCAGGAAUAGGGUAUGACAGCUACUAAACAGCCUGUGGCUUACUGUAAAAACUGUCCAAGUCACUGUAAAACUGACUCCUGAGCCUCUUCUCUGUGACAGGAAGCUGAUCCAAGCUUUCUGGAACCUUUGUUCGGUAGCUGGAUAGCUCUGUCCUGCUUUGUACUAAGUGUUAAUUGGGAUGCAAGCCAUUCUGUCAGAGUGGCCUCUGACGUGUUGUAUUUUGAGAAAGUGUUGAAGCCAGUUACAGUUCUAUAAAUAUCUCCUGUGAAUUUGAGUAAAAUAAAUUGAGUUAUGUGUUUGGCUUAAGAGUUUUAUAAAAUAUUAAAUAAGAGUGUAAUAAAAGAGAAAGUUGCCCUG